AUGUAUAAAUUUGGCGAAUAUUCAACAGAUCUCUCUCAAUAUAAUUUAGGUUUUGAAGGGAUUGGAAACUAUAAUUCGGUUAUUAGCUAUCAAAUUACAGAAUCUCAAACUAAAAUAGAGAAAAAGGUAUCAAUUAUCUUGGUAGACAAUGAAACAUCACAUAUUUUAAAACACUCAGAAAUUAGUAAUAUUAAGAUUUUACCACAAUUCUUAAUUGAUAGCCAUGAAAUAUUUAAUACAAAAGACUUGGCUAAUAAUUAUUAUGUUUUGGAUGAUGAAAUUGUUUCAGGAUCAGUUACUUUCAAGAAUGAAAUAGAUUUUGAGUACUUAUCAAUAGAAUUAGGAAGUCAAAAAGGUACUAUCAUUCCUAUUCCUGGAGAAAAUAAAAAAAUCAACUUUAAUAUCAAAAUGUCUCCAAAUGAAAUUUAUAGCUCAAUAUUUAUCAAACAAAACACGCAAGGAGCAUAUAUAUAUUUAUAUAGCAUGUUUGUAUUUGGUAUUGAUGUUAAUAUCAAUAAGUAUAUGACCAAAUCAGGCACAAUUGGAGGAAGUAUUCAGAUAUCUCCACAUAGAUUUUAUGGCAGUAUAACAACAAAAGCUAAAUUUGGUUAA